AGCCAUAUCACACUUCAUCACCGAACCUAAGAAAUCUCUGAAUUCUCAACCUCUUCUUCUCCACUUUCCCAACAACAAAUCUCAGUUCUCUCUCAAUUUUCUCAGUUUUUCUUCAGAUUUCUCAGUUUUUCUCUUUAGGAUCCUUGAUUGAUUUAGCAAUGGCGUUCUCAUCUAAAGUUGUGAUCACAAUGUUGUUGUUAGCUAUGGUUAUCGGAUCAACAAUAGCACAAGGUCCAGCAUCAUCACCAUCAAAAUCACCAGUUUCUGCACCAACACCAUCUAAAUCAGCAGUAGCACCAACUCCUUCAUCAUCAAAAGCUCCAUCACCAACUCCUGCUGCAACAACACCUUCUCCAUCACCAGCAACAUCUUCACCACCUGCACCACCAACUGACGCUCCUGCUCCAUCAGCACCAACCGGAGUUGUUGUUCCUCCUGUUUCAUCACCUGUUUCACCUCCUGCUGAAGCUCCAGCAAACGGUGCUGCUAGCCAUGGUGCUGUUCUUCUGGUUGCAUCAUCUGCUCUCCUUGCCUCUUUAUUGUUCUAGAUCUGAGAGGUUUACACUUUUAAUUAUUUAGAUUUUUAGUUUUUUUUUCUGGGUAUGGUAUAUUUAUUUGAUUAAUUGGGGGUUUUACUUACCAUUAUUAUUAUUAUUCAUAUUUGGGAUGAAUGAGUGAUGAUUCUGCUACAUUGUGCUCAUCUUCUCAAUUUAUUAUCUAAUCGAUGGAUUCUUUCUUAUACAACUACA